AUGGUGAAAGAGGUGAUUGUAAAAUUAGAUAAAAUGCUGAAGAGGUUGUUUGAGGCUUCAUGGAGUGAGAACUAUGAAGAACUUAUUAAGCUGGUGACUGGAGAUGAAAAUAUUCUGAUAAGAAGCUUGGACACAUGGAGUAAAACACCACUCCAUGUCGCAGCAACGAUGGGACAUGCCAAAUUUGGUUAUGAGCUUCUGCAGCUAAACCCAAACCUUACGAGGGAUAAAAACUACCAUCUCUCUACCCCUCUUCAUCUAGCUUCAGCUAAAGGGCACUUGGAGAUGGUAUCAAUCGUAAAUGGGAAAGAUGAUGUUUUUAAACUUUUUAUUAAUACACAACAAUUGAGUAUUGUGAGUGAUAAGAGGGGAGAAACUGUUCUGUAUCUGAGUGUGAACUACAGUCGAUUUGAAACCAUGAAACUGAUUCUUGAAUCAAAUAUUGCUGAAGAACUGGUCAAUUUGAAAAAUAUUGUAGUGAACACCGCUUUGCACCUGGCAGUGGAAAUCAGAGGAUUGGAGGGCAUAAAUCUGUUGUUAAUAAUAAAGGAG